UCAGUCCCGGCUUCACAAAAUCGGCGUCUCUGCUUUCGUUCCCAACAAACACUCUCUCUGCUAGGGUUUCAGUCUCUCGGAGUCGCCGUGUCUUCCGAUUCCUCUGCUUUGCCUUCUCUUCUUCGACUCGGAUUGAUUGCUUGCGCUUUGCCGCCGAGUCAACUCAUCACUCGGGCCAACCUUCCAGAUUCAAAUGGCAAUGGAGGUCACCCAAAUUCUUUUAAAUGCCCAAGCCGUGGAUGGUACUGUGCGCAAGCACGCCGAAGAAAAUCUGAAGCAAUUUCAGGAGCAAAAUCUUCCAAUCUUCUUGCUCUCCCUUGCCGGUGAAUUGGCUAAUGAUGAAAAGCCCGCUGAGAGUCGUAAAUUAGCUGGUUUAAUCCUCAAGAAUGCUUUGGAUGCCAAAGAACACCAUAGGAAGAUUGAACUCAUGCAAAGAUGGUUGUCAUUGGACCAACCUGUGAAGGCUCAGAUUAAAGCUUUCUUGUUAAAGACUCUAACGUCUCCUGCCCUUGAUGCACGGUCAACUGCCUCACAAGUCAUUGCAAAGGUUGCUGGUAUUGAGUUGCCACAUAAACAAUGGCCUGAACUGAUUGAAGCUCUAUUGUCAAAUACUCACCAGGUUGUGGCUCACACAAAACAAGCCACUCUUGAAACUCUUGGAUACAUUUGUGAGGAAGUCUCUUCUGAGGUGAUAGAUCAGAGCGAGGUGAAUAAGAUACUUACGGCUGUUGUUCAGGGCAUGAAUGCUUCUGAGAGUAACAAUGAUGUUAGGCUUGCUGCCACACGGGCACUGUAUAAUGCUCUGGGUUUUGCUCAGGCAAAUUUCUCAAAUGACAUGGAACGAGAUUACAUUAUGAGAGUUGUCUGUGAAGCCACUAUUUCUCCUGAGUUGAGGAUUCGACAGGCAGCCUUUGAGUGUUUGGUAGCUAUAUCUUCAACGUACUAUGAGAAGUUGGCUCCAUAUAUUCAUGAUAUUUUCAAUAUUACGGCCAAAGCUAUCAAGGAAGAUGAGGAACCUGUUGCGCUACAAGCCAUUGAAUUUUGGAGUUCAAUUUGUGAUGAGGAAACAGAUAUUUUAGAAGAGUAUGGAGGAGAUUUUACGGGAGAUUCUGAUAUUCCUUGCUUUAAUUUUGUGAAGCAGGCUCUCCCUGCUCUUGUCCCUUUGUUAUUGGAAACUUUACAGAAGCAGGAAGAGGAUCAGGAUCAGGAUGAAGGAGCUUGGAAUAUUGCAAUGGCUGGAGGAACGUGCUUGGGGUUGGUUGCACGAACAGUUUGUGAUGAUAUAGUCCCACUUGUAAUGCCAUUCAUUGAAGAGAAUAUAACAAAACCAGAUUGGAGGCAAAGGGAGGCUGCCACUUAUGCGUUUGGUUCAAUUCUUGAAGGUCCAUCCGCCGAUAAGCUCAUGCCUCUUGUUAACGUUGGUCUGAACUUUAUGCUCAACGCCUUGAUGACAGAUCCAAAUAAUCAUGUGAAAGACACCACUGCGUGGACUCUUGGAAGAAUAUUUGAGUUUCUGCACGGAUCGACUUUGGACACAACCGUAAUUACCGCAGCAAAUUGCCAACAGAUCAUUAAGGUUCUCCUUCACAGCAUGAAUGAUGUACCUAAUGUUGCUGAGAAAGCUUGUGGUGCUCUAUAUUUUCUUGCCCAGGGUUAUGAGGAUGCGGAACUAUCUUCCCCACUAACUCCCAAUUUUCAAGAUAUUAUACAGGCCCUUCUCAACAUGACUCACCGGCCUGAUGCUGGAGAAUCACGCCUUCGAACAGCAGCCUAUGAGACGCUAAAUGAAGUUGUCAGGUGCUCCACUGAUGAGACUGCUUCAAUGGUGUUGCAUUUGGUUCCUGUCAUUAUGAAUGAGUUGAAUCAGACUUUUGCGGCACCGAAUAUUUCAUCUGAAGAGAGGGAGAGGCAGAAUGAACUACAAGGUCUUCUCUGUGGUUGCUUGCAGGUCAUAAUACAGAAGUUGGGAUCAUCGGAACCAACAAGGAGUCUGUUUUUGCAGACUGCUGACCAGAUGAUGACUCUGUUUCUUAGAGUAUUUGGUAGUAAAAGUGCUACGGCACACGAAGAGGCUAUGCUUGCCAUUGGAUCUCUUGCCUAUUCUGCAGGUCCUGAUUUUGCAAAAUACAUGCAAGACUUCUAUAGAUAUUUGGAAAUGGGUCUGCAAGAUUUUGAAGACUACCGGGUCUGUGCCAUUACAGUUGGUGUUGUAGAGGAUCUUUGCAGGGCGCUAGAGGGUAAUAUAUUACCUUAUUGUGAUGGGAUUAUGACUCAACUCCUCAAGAAUUUGUCAAGUAAUCAAUUGCACCGAUCUGUGAAGCCUCCUAUCUUUUCAUGCUUUGGUGACAUUGCUUUGGCAAUUGGAGAGAACUUCGAGAAGUACUUGGUCUAUGCUAUGCCCAUGCUUCAGGGUGCUGCGGAGCUAUCUGUCCGGACAUCAACUGAUGACGAUGAAGAUAUGAUAGAGUACACCAAUACAUUGAGGAAUGGAAUUUUGGAGGCAUACUCCGGUAUCUUUCAAGGAUUUAAGGGUUCUACAAAGAUCCAAUUGUUGAUGCCUUAUGCGCCUCAUGUCCUGCAGUUCGUGGAUAGUCUAUUUAUGGGGAAGGACAUGGAUGAACAUGUGUCUAAGACCGCCAUUGGGGUCCUAGGAGACCUUGCUGAUACACUGGGCAGUACUGCUGGUCCCUUGAUUCAGCAAUCUGUGUCAAGUAGAGACUUUCUAAAUGAAUGUUUGUCGUCGGAUGAUCAUUUGAUCAAGGAAUCUGCUGAGUGGGCCAAGUUGGCCAUAAAUAAAGCGAUUUCUUUUUGAUGCCGCUGGCUCCUACUUGGCAUGUUAUCCUUUUUCUCUUUGCAUGCAUUGGGUGUCCUAGAGUCGGGUCUGAGAUUGCAUACCAUGAGUCAGUUCAUCACGGUUUUGGGAAAUGAUGUUUGGGUCAGUUGCGGGGCCAUAUGUUGAAUCAGCAGCUCGGAGUCUCAUUUUCAUAUUUUCCAUUUUGUUGUUUUUCAUUGCCAUGGCGGAAGUCAUUUGUGGCGAUCCAUGUGUGUUUCUGCCAUCUUGGCAGAAAGAAGAGAAAAGAAACAGGUUGAAUGAUGUUGCAGGAAUGAGAUGGAAAAUACUCGAUACACCCCGCCUCUGGGGUUUAAGGCUGGUCAGGAGUUUGGGGUUGAAGUCAGUCAAAGAGUUUGGGGCCCUUCAGCGGCAGCGUUAAGAGUCUGCAUUUUCCCCGUUAAAUAUUUCACUUUUUUUUUUUUUGAUCUUUUUCUUUCUUUCACCAGAAUUUGGUGUCAAAUUAUUUUUGCAUUCUUACAUGUUAUCAUAGAGUUCGGCCACUGCCUUUUUUUUGGUUGGUUUGUAGUCAUUCUGUAUACUUGCUCAUUUUGUGGCAUUAAUGCCAACCACACAAUAUUUAGCUUCAUCCACUGUUAUAUGUCACCAUUUGUCAUAUUCAUUCAACGUUUAUUCUUCUAUUUUAUCAUUUGCUAUUUUAUACUUGGGGCUCAUUUAUGGUUUGGGUU